AUGAACCAAAACAAAGUCUUCAUAAAGUCAUAUCACGAUGUUAGUUUUUUCUUAUUAUCGGAAAAUCCGAAAUAACGACAUUUUAAGGUGGUUCACCACGUCACACGAGCUCUCAUCAAACCGAAUAUGAAAAUCGGCCUGGGAUCGGGACCCGUCAUUCUGAUCCUUAUUGAUUGGCUCAUCGACAAUGCAAAACAUCCAAAAUGCAAAGGACUAGUCAUCUUCUGCACCGACCUUCCUGUGAGAUUAAACGUAUCAAAGCGACUGUGAAGUGAAAUGCGGUUUCAGCAUGUGAAAUGGCUCACCGAAGCAGGAUACGAAACUCAUCACAACUUGCCGGACGACGAUAGAGGGAUUUACAACAAAUUCCAGCUAGAUUACUUCUUCGAAAUGCAGGAUAAGGUCAAUUGGAUCACUAGAACGGGGAUUUUAAUUAGGCAAUACUGUAGAUGAAUCAAGAUUCCGCGUUUGUGAAGUUCAGUCCAGACUGCAUCGUCCGAAAAAGUUACUAUGAGGCUGCAAUUGAAAGUGUUUUCUUCUAUCGUUACGUUGACGACCGAAAGUAUCAGCCACUCGACGUUAUUCCUCUUGAAGUGAGUUUGAUGAGAAAAAGAGACGAUCAAUGUUGCUUCCAGAUCUCUUCUCUGUUUUUCACUCGACUGAAAUUCCUGCUCAACUCAAAAAGUGCCUGCAUUGAGCCAGACGUUCCGGACAACGACAACGAUAUUCUCCAGAUCAAAUGGAUUCUCAAGCCGGCUAAGUCUGAACUGAUCAAGGACAUGGCUUGCUACAAGAACACACUUCGCAACAUUCACGGUAACACAGCAUUUUCCAAUGCUCUUUUACAAUAAAACCGUGCUUCAGGAAUCAUUGCCCAUGGCUUCUUCACUAGUCUUUGCGGAUACAUGGUCGAGAUCUGCGAGCUGUCCAAGAAACAGACCAUGUACAUGACCACUACUCGCUACGGAUAA